AUGCAAGAAUCAUCGCCAUUCCUUAUCUCCGUGGAAGAAGUGGUCUCCAACACUUCGACGGACGGGCCACCCACAUCGUCGCCGCUCGAGCUCCCGCCGCUAGGAGGUCAUCAGGACCGGCCGACUCCCAGCAGCACGACGUCUUCUGAGAUGUUUGUGGAUGUCGCGGGCGAUGUCGCAGGCGGCGGCUUGCGCUUUCCACUGAGUAUCAGACGCAGCCAGUUCUCAACAACACCAAUGCUCACAAUUUCACUGCGUAGACACGCCCACUCGUCGCGGGCGACAGCCGCAUACGACGCCGCAACCUAA